AUGGCCGACUCCACUAGUCAGUCGUCUAGUAAGAAGAGAAAGGAAUUCAGUCCAUAUUCCCCCAAGUAUGAGUUCAACAAAGAUUAUGAUACCAUUUUCAAAGAAGUUAAGGGUCGACUCUCACUUGAGAAGCCGGCACCUAUGAUGGGUGAUCCUAGCAAACGCAACCAGGGCAAGCACUGCCACUUUCAUGAUGAUGUUGGCCAUGAGACCAACGAAUGUAUCAGUCUCAAGCGUCUGCUGGAUCAGUUGGCUGAAAAAGGUGAUCUGGACUCUUAUGUCAAGAAACCAAAAAGAAAGCAGCCCUCCAAUCAGAAUCAGUCGGCCAUGCAAAAGAGACAGAAGCCGGUCGACAGUUUAGACACUGAUGAAGCCACCAUCUAUACAAUAGCAGGCGGCUACGCAGGGGGAGGCCCGAUUGUUCGGGGAAACAAGGAUAAUAUCAGACUGCUAGAUGUUAACUUUUUCAAUAAGGGCGAAACCUCUGGUAGCUCGUUUCCUGAGGUUAUCAUUUCUGAAAAAGACUCAGGUGGUGUCCGACGACCACAUGACGAUCCAAUUGUCAUCGAGUGUAAAUUGGCCAAUCAAAGAGUUGGCAAAAUACUUAUUGACAAAGGGAUUUCGUCGGACCUCAUCAGCCAUAAGUGUUUAACCAAGCUCAAGUAUAGGCUUGAGAGUCUAAAUCCUGUCUCCCAUCCUCUAGUGGGAUUCGGAGGAGGAGUCGUCCAUCCGAUUGGACAGGUUGACUUGCCCGUCCGUCUGGGUGAGAAAGGCGAGGGCCGCCACAUGGUCAUUCGUUUCUUGGUUGUAGAAGAACUUAUCGCCUACAACCUGAUCCUUGGACGCCCCACUCUUAAUGAAUCUAAAGCAGUUAUCAUCCCAUCCCUUAUGUUGCUCAAAUUUGAGAAAGAUGACAAAACAGUCGGUUCCAUAAGGGGGGAUUAG